UUAGACCUUAGAACUCGAGUGGCGUGCAUGUGAACUGUGUGUGAAUUUAUAAAUUAAUUUGUAACAAUCAUGCUAUUGAUUUUUACUUUGACAUUAGCUUUAAUAGUGGCUGAUAAACCAUUAUCAGCUAAAAUAUGCAGCGACUGCAUCGUUUAUACGUCAUGUGAACCUGCAAAACAGUUAGGAUUUUACCAUAAAAACCCGAGAUCUGCAGAAUUGUUCAGACAAGCAUUUUGUGGUGUGGAAUACAUUAAAUUAGAUAGACUAGUCAAGGUAUGUUGCUCUGAUUUUGCCUCGGGUAUUAUAGACGACAGAAGGGGACUUCUCGCAAACCAGAAUAUGACGCAAGAUGUUAAUCCGAAAAUUAAGUUACUACCAACUUCGUGUGGUGACAUCGAUGGUUCACGUAUCAUUAAUGGAGAUGUAGCUGGCCUGUAUGAAUUCCCCUGGAUGGCGCUGAUCUCAUAUAAACGACUUAGUGGACAGUACUUUAUGUGUGCUGGAAGUAUAAUUAAUUCAAGAUAUAUACUCACCGCUGCACAUUGCGCGGUGAAAAAAAACAUAAAUGGGGUUCGGGUUGGUGAACAUGACAUUACAAGCAAAGAGGACUGUCAAGGUGUAAAGAUACAAGUUUGCGAGAGCCAUAUUGAAGAUCUAGGUGUUGAAAAAAUUAUUAUCCAUGAAAAAUGGAGCUAUAAAACAAGCAUUCAUGAUAUUGCUUUGCUGAGGUUAGAGAAGGAUAUCGAUUUUAAUUUCAGAUACGGCAGUCGCUCUAAGACAUUCGUAGAGAAUAUACACCUCAGUGUAGUAGUUAUCUCAUUAGCCACGAUGUGGAUAAAAUCAUCAUUAUUUAGCAUUUUGUUCUUAUAUAUUUGCAGAGAGGUGUCGAGCAGAGAAUGCAGUGAUUGUCAAAAGUAUACAUCAUGUCAGCCCGCUCUAGAUCUACUAGCAGCAAGAAGACAUGACGAAGCCAAAACAACAUUUCUAAAAGCACAUUGCGGUUUCGAUGUGAAUGAGACAUUGAUAAUGGUAUGCUGCUCGGAUUUCACGAAUGGGGUUCAUGGCAGCCUAAGCGAUACGGAGAAACUAAAGUUAUUGCCCGAGACAUGCGGCAAUAUUCAGGAAAAUCGUAUUCUUGGUGGACCAGUAGCUAACCUCUAUGAAUUCCCCUGGAUGGCCCUCAUUUCCUAUAACACACGUUAUGGCCUUCAAUUUAAAUGCAGUGGUUCUAUAAUAAACAAACGGUACAUCCUAACCGCGGCUCACUGUGUGCAAGGAGAAAACAUCGCGGGUGUUCGCCUCGGCGAGUUUGACGUCCGCUACCGAACAGAUUGUAUGGGACAAGAUCCAAACUUAAUUUGUGAAACGCAUCUACAGGAUGUUCGUGUCGAAGAAAAAAUCGUACACGAAAAUUACUCGUCAUUACCCCGGAUUAAUAAUGACAUUGCUUUAUUACGACUUUCGGAAGACAUUGAUUUUAAUUAUAGAAAUGUUGGCCCCAUCUGCCUUCCGGUGACUGAAACUCUGAAGAACACGUCUUUGAGUGGAAAAUUCGCUACUGUGGCUGGUUGGGGUUUCGGUGGGACAGGACGGGAGUCGCACGUGCCUUUGAAGGCGUUUGUACCCAUUAAUAGCGAAGCGUGUCUCAGUUUCUAUAACAGGACAGCAAAUGAAAACGAAGACAGAACAAAGAAAGAGAUAUGCGCAGGUGACCUCAAUAAGGAUUCCUGCAACGCUGACUUAGGCGGUCCACUUAUGUUAGAAGAAAAAUAUAAUGAUUUUUAUCGAUUUAUUCAAUUCGGUAUUGCUUCGCAUGGACCAUUACGAUGUGGAUCGAACUUCCCAGCAGUAUAUACAGACGUUAGAUACUUCGUAGACUGGAUCUUGGAAAAGAUAAAGCCUUAGCAAAUAUUUCAUAGAUAAAAUCAUCAGUAAAUGAAUGAACUAUGUUGUUUUAUGUAUUUCUAGUGAUAAGUUAUACUAAAAUAUAUUAUUAUGACUUUGUA